CUUUUAUUUCAUAACAGCAUCAUGUUUUUCCUAACGUUAUUGCUCUAUUUAUCAUUUCAAGAAUAUUAGGCUAAUGUCAAUUUUCACGGCCCUGAAUGAACGGAGACUAAUGCCCUACGCGUCCAGGAAAAAGGGUUCUAAAGGAGCUUUUGGCAAAGUGAAAAAUCCUCAAUCACUCAAAGAAAAGAAUCCUAUACCCCACCCUCUUCCUUUAAAUUUUUCCAACUGUUUCAAAAAACAUUCAAAUCAUUCAUCAUCUCUUCAUUCGUCUCUAACUAGCAUCAGUUAUUGCUUGGCAGCUCUGCAAAUUAAGAAGUUUCGAAACGUAGCAACUGUAAUGGCCAAUGUGGUGGAGCUUAAAGUAGGCCUGCACUGCGACGAAUGCAUCAAGAAAAUCUUGAAGGCAAUCAAGAAAAUCGAAGAUAUUGAAACAUAUGAUGUGGAUACACAACUGAAUAAGGUGACAGUAACUGGAAAUGUAACUACUGAAGAGGUCAUCAAAUGUCUUCACAAGAUAGGGAAACAAGCCACCAACUGGGAUCAACAAUCAACUUACUAAUCUCUAAUCCACUGCUUAAUUAGAGCGUGCAAGACGACCUUGCCCAUUUUAUUAUAUUAUACCUAUCUAUAGGUUCUCCUAGUUUGAUCUUUAUGUAUCUUAUUGCUCAUUUGAUGGAGAUUUUGGAAGUACUUUUACACUCUAAAUCUCGAUAGAUCAACCAAAAUCUAAAUUUAAGGUACUAAUCACAAUAUUGGUUCUAGUAA